CAGAAAUAUAAGUACCUCUAUAUUUCCAGUUGCAGUAAGUGCACUGGUGAGGUGAGGCUCAAAAUUCUCCUACAUCGAAAGAAAGUCAGGAAUUAAAUUUCAAAGAUGCAAACUUUGAUUUUCUUCUGUCUUGCUGUCCAACUUUGCCAUAUCAAUUCGGCAUUGGCAGAAAGUCAGCCAGCAGUUCAUGUAAAAGCCAUACCAAGAUCUUGUCUUGACUACCUGAGAGACGGGACAACAACGAAUGGAUACUACUCUAUUGCCGGACCGAAAGGGGAAUCUCUUCAUGUCUAUUGCGACUUCACUUCAGAACCAGGCUCAGCAUGGACCCUGGCUGUUUCAUGGGCUUUUAAAAACAGCAACAUGGCUGCCUUCAGAAACACACCCUUUUCUGUGGAUAUGCCAGUUAACGAAAGAACGCCAAAUUGGGUGGCUUACAGGCUCUCAAAAGCUCAAAUGCUUUCUAUCAAGGCCCAUUCAACGCACUGGAGGGCUACAUGCAGUUAUAACAGAUCGAGUAAUAGCGUCGACUUCACCGAUUACGUUAGAGCCAACUUACAGGCCAUUGAUAUCACGUCCUUUCUUGGGCAUGGAAUAUGCAAGAAAGUUGAAUACAUCAACAUUCGUGGUCAUGCAGCCUAUCAGAAGACCGCUAGGUUUUGGCAAGUGCUGAAUACAUAUAUUAUACACAUUGACAGUUCCAUUUCGAGCGAUACUUGUGAGUUUGGAGCAAAGCUAGGAGCAGCUUGGAGUGAAGACAAUUUUGGGUAUUAUCUUACAACAAACAAGAACUUCAAAUGCACUGCAAAUCCAGAGUCAACCACCCAGUACUGGUUUGGUAGCUACGUAUAAAGCAAUGACUUCGAUCUUUGAUUUUCAGAUAUACCUAGCUUCCGUUUUUGUUUAUAUGACAUAAUAAUUGAAUCAAAAGAAAUAUUCUGAUUACUUUUUAUCAAGGUUGAUCAUGGGGUUUUGCAAGAAGUCGACCUGCAAAGCUCUUGGGUGUUUCGUUUAAUAGAAUGAGCAUUGAUCUUCCCACUAAGUAGCCGUAUAUGAUUAUCAUUUUGAUAAUAUCAAAUUUUUAUGUUAAUUUUUUAUUAUAUUAGAUCAUACCUGAAUACGAUACUAUUUUAUU